GCCACGGAGUUCUUCUAAUGGAGGAGCGAGCGACGACAACAACUUUAAAACAAGCUUUAAAUGCCCAUUUUGGGUUCGAGGGGUUUAGAUCUAAAGUGCAGGAAAAUGUAAUCAAAGCAGUUAUACGAGGUGACAGGGAUGUGUUCGUGUGCAUGCCCACUGGGGCAGGAAAGUCUCUGUGUUAUCAGCUGCCUGCUGUCCUGGCUGAAGGCGUCACUCUGGUUAUUUCCCCGCUAAUUGCACUUAUUCAGGACCAAGUGGACCACUUGAGAUCGCUGAACAUCCAUGCUUGCUCCAUCAAUUCCAAGCUCGCAGUGGGCGAGCGUCGUGUGAUUCUAGCUGACUUGCAGGGCGCGAACCCAAAGCUCAAGCUACUCUACAUCACACCAGAGAUGGUAGCUUCUCCAUCCUUCCAACCUUACCUGACUGACUUGUGCUCCCGAGGCCUGCUGUCCUACCUGGCUGUGGAUGAGGCUCACUGUGUCUCCCAGUGGGGUCAUGAUUUCAGACCAGACUACCUCAAGCUUGGUGAUUUGCGUGCUCGCUUACCUGGGGUUCCCUGUGUAGCGCUCACAGCAACAGCACCCAAAAAGAUCCAAGAGGACAUUGCUCAGUCCCUGAAGCUGCGGCUGCCACUGUCUUUCACUACACCAGUUUUUCGUUGUAAUUUGCACUAUGAUGUCAUCUUCAGCGAGCUUCUUCCAAACCCCUAUGCUCACCUCCAUGCCUUCAUUCAGAAGGCGCUUGCUCUUGGUGGUGGCUCUAAUGGACAGGGUUGUGGGAUUGUAUACUGUCGGACCAGGGAGGGCUGUGAAACCGUAGCCCACCAGCUUACCAAACUUGGUGUCCUGGCAAAGCCUUAUCAUGCUGGUCUGAAAACAGGAGAUCGCACGGAGGCCCAGAGUGACUGGAUGCAGGGAAAAGUGGUUGUUAUUGUGGCCACCAUCAGUUUUGGUAUGGGUGUAGACAAGGCUAAUGUAAGGUUUGUCGCCCAUUGGAACCUUGCAAAAUCCAUGGCCAGCUACUAUCAAGAAUCUGGGCGAGCAGGAAGAGAUGGGCUGCCGUCCCUAUGUCGCAUUUACUACUCCCGGAAAGAUAAAGAGCAAAUUAUGUUCCUCAUCAAUAAGGAGAUUGCACGUAUAAGGGAAAAACGAAACUCUGCAAAAGAAUCAGACAAAACAGCCAUUACGGACUUUGACGCCAUGGUGCGUUUUUGUGAGCAGGAGAGUUGCCGCCACGUCACCAUUUCCAAGUUUUUUGGGGACCAGCCACCGAACUGCGCAGGUGCUUGCGACUACUGUUCCAACCCAAAAGGUGUCCGAGCCCAGCUGGAGGCGGUUGUCAACACCAGCAUUUCAGUUCAGAGAAAAGAACCAAAUAAGCCAUUUGGUUUUAAUCUGGAGCUUUAUGAAGGAGGAAAGAGGGGCUACGGAUUUGAGAGGUAUGACGAAGUUGGGGAAACAAUUGACAAUUGUGACGAUGAAGCCAAGAGGAAAAAGGAAUUCUCUGAUCUAUUCAAGAAGCAGAUGACCAUAAGGAAGGGAUCUGACAAGCAGAAGGAUGACUUUAUUCCUCCAGACGCUGACUGCCCACUGAAAGAGGCGGCCAGUCAGAGGAUCCCCAAGCUCCCAAUAAAGUCCAGAGAGCACUGCCUGACACUCUUGCAAGAAGCAUUGUAUGGCCACCAGGGAUCGGACGACUCAUUUGGAUGUGAUCCUCUAUCCUUAGCUGUGGAUAUUGAACAUGAGGUGUUCAAGAGAAGCAAGUCAUCCAACUUGUACAAAGCGGCAAUUUUAAAAAAGGUGUCGGAGUUGAAGAAAGUACCUGCUGUAAGAGAGGAGAAGAGCGUAAGCGGGGGUGAGGCCAUGCUAAAACAGGAAGAGAAGGCCUCGUCCUCUACUUCCUGUUCUAAGGAUCUUUGUGGGUUUAAAUCUGCAUCUGAGGUCUAUUCAAUGAAGCGGAAGAGAGUUGGAGCAGGCCAGAGGGGCUCAUCCAACCCCCAUCUGGCUGCAAAACAUCUGCUGAAGGACUCCAUGGUUGACAGCAGGUCUAUUAAGGGAACACCGAGUGGAAGCUUGGGUGGCAUUCAACAGGAACUAAAAAGAAAAUGGUCAGAUAAGCCUUUGCCUGUGACAUCAUCUAUCCGAGCGAGCGCAAACGCUGCUGCCUCCUCCUUCUCCUUUUCUUCCUCGAGCAGCCUGACAAAGGGAGGCAGAGCUUUGAACAAGAAGCAGAAGCUGGAGGAAGCUGCAAAAAGUUCUCACUUCAUUUCUCAGUAUUUUGAGAAGAGUCAAACAAUGAAGGAAAGCCGGGAGGUGGAGAACAGAAUAGGGAUUUCAGAAGUUGAGAUAAACCAGGAGCAGCACUCGCCUAUCAGGCUGGACUCGGAAGAUGAUGCUAUGGAGCCAUUGAUUCAGGAUGUGAAGCAAGCACAGACCAGACAGAGGGUCAUAGUGAUAGAUGACGACAGUAAUGAAACAGUGAUGGGCCAGCAAACGUCGGAACUGAGUCCACACUCUACCAGACACAACACAAAAGAAGACCACAAUGUAUCUGAUACACAAGAGGUGUGCGCGCCGGAAGCCAUACAAGAGCAUCCUCCUCCGGCAAAGCGAGGCCGCUUGGUGGACAAGAACGACAGGAGAGUAGACCCCACUGCACAGCAGAGACGUGUUAACACGGUGAAGGAGCCGACGACGACUGUGACGCUAAAGGAGGCGGCUAACGUGGUGGUCCGCUACCUGGACCCUUUUUACACCCGGGGAAAGUUUGCCACUAAGGACCUCUUCAAGUCCUUCGCUCGCUAUUUGUCACACCUUCUUGCAGAGGGGAGGAGUCUUGGAAAGGGACAAGUGAAAGCAGAGGCCAAGGCGCUCAUCAGGCAGUUCUUCUGCGAUGUCAAACGCUGCGAGAGUGAGGCGGACUGGAAGCACCUUAAAAGACCGGGCUACUGUAAACGCACCCCCAAUCAGCAAUGACCACGAGGAAAUAAAUGGUUUAGGGGAUUUCUGUUAGUGCCUAAACUUGUCUUGGUCACACAAGCUCAGGUUUCAGCGCAAAAACUCGUUGACUAGGUUUAUGAUGAUUCAGCUUUAAAUAUUCAAGCAAUAAAACUUUUUUUGACACUUUGCACUUAAACCUGCAACGUCCGGAAGCGUAUUGCUGCCUCACCAUAAAAAAUAAAAAAGGUGCAGUAUCACGUUGUAAUGUGAUAAGUUUCAUGUGCUAACGUGAUAAACUUUCACGCGUUAACGUGUUAAGUUUCACGUUAUAAUGUGAAAACGCUGGUCUCGCGGCGGACUCUUGUGGUCACUCACAUCCUUCCAAGGUGGAGUUAGGGACAGACACAGAGGUGGCCUCUAUCGCAUCUAUAGUUACGUAUAGGUAGUAACUUUAAUAUAUAAGACACAAAAAGGACUCCGCCGGUGACCUGAACUGGAAGGAAUUGCUUUGUUUUGGUUUGCCAAAUGCGGAAGUCAAAUUUAUUACGUUUUAACGUGAUAACUUUUUACAUUAUAACGUGCAACUUACCACGUUUUAAUGUGAAACUUAUCACGUUGUAACGUGAUACUGAACCUUUUUUAUUUUUUCUGGUGUGGCAGCAAUACGCUUCUGAAGAAAUGAACAACUAAUGGCUGAAAGAUCUGAAUAAUACAAUGUUAUUGUUUUGGCUCAAAAGUGUCUGGAAUGUAUUGGGAGGUGUCAUGCACUUUUACUGCUGCUUUAGUUGACUGUUGAAGACCGUUGAAAUUAUUUGGGAACUGUUAAAACAGUUUGUUAUCCAAGGAAGGCAAUGUUCUAUUUUUCCUUUUUUUGUGUUUGUUUGUUUACACUUUAUUACAAAAAAUAAAUAAAAAUACUUUGCUAUUUUGCAUCACAA